CACAGAAAACGGAAAAACGGAAAAACGGAAACACAGAAAACGCUUUUCUCUUUUGCUUUGUAUGUGAAAGUAAAACCUCCCACUUAUGAAGAUGCAGCAGCAGCAGCCGCCUUGUAGUGGAGAAAUGCAAGGAAUGAGUUCACAGUUCGAUCAAAACGCUGCGUUUGAUCCUUCUUGUCAAGAUGAUUUUCUCGAGCAAAUGUUAUCGUCUAUUAACAAUCCUUCGUCUUCCUGGAGCUCUGAGGCGCUCAAGUCUCCCUGGGUUGACCUCAACCCCAAACCUAACAUCAACUCCAACUCUUUCUCCGACGAAACGGCGCCGUCUGCUCAUGAGAAUGUUGGGUUUCAGUUCGACGAUUCUAUGCUCUUAGCUUCCAAGUUGAGGCAGCACCAGAUCAGCAGCGGCGGCGGUGGUGCUUCUGUUAACGUUUCACCGGCUGCUGCCGCGGCUGCGAAGUUGAUGCUGCAGCAACAGAUGAUGAUGGGUGCAAGGACCGACAUCGUCGAUGCGUCGUCGUUUAAGUCUCCUGCCAGUAAUCAGGCACUGUUUAACGGGUUCGCCGGAUCUUUACAUGGAGCGGGUCAGGGUUCAAACCCGCAGGCUCAACAUUUUCAACAUGCUCAGGCUCAGAGUUUUGGAGCACCAGCACUAGCGCCGGUGAUGAGCCAGGCUCAGGCUCAGGCUCAGACUCAGACUAACACUCAGGCAAGUGGGUCAACAGGAGGGAACACACCGGCUCAGCCCAAACAAAGGGUCAGAGCUCGGAGAGGUCAAGCCACUGAUCCUCAUAGCAUUGCUGAAAGGUUACGCAGAGAAAGAAUUGCAGAAAGAAUGAAGGCUCUACAAGAACUUGUACCGAAUGCCAACAAGACAGAUAAGGCUUCAAUGCUAGAUGAGAUCAUUGACUAUGUGAAGUUCCUCCAGCUACAAGUGAAGGUUCUGAGCAUGAGCCGGUUAGGCGGUGCCGCCGCUGUUGCUCCACUUGUUGCUGAUAUUUCCUCCGAGUUUCAGGGAGGAGGAGGAGCAGGAGGUGGUGACUGUAUCCAAGCGAAUUCCAACGGUACAGGUGGCUCCCAUAAUACACGUAAUCCUAACGGCAACCAAACACCGUCAUCUAACGACAAUUUAACCAUGACGGAACAACAGGUGGCCAGGCUGAUGGAGGAGGACAUGGGCUCUGCCAUGCAGUAUUUACAAGGCAAAGGCCUCUGCCUCAUGCCCAUCUCACUCGCCACAGCCAUAUCAACUGCCACAUGUCACAACAGGGGCCCCAUUAUGAACAAUCUCGGCCUAAACAACAAUCCCUUACUACAAUCCAACGGUGAAGGACCCUCCUCACCUAGCAUGUCUGUUUUAACCGUUCAAUCUGCCACUGUGGGUAACAGCGCAGUUGACACUUCUGUCAAAGACGCCGCCUCCGUUUCCAAGCCGUGAUAACGGUGAAUGUUGCGUUGACUGGCAUCGGUUUGAGCGUUGAGGCUGUCCCAAAGUCUACUAAAAUAAGAUAGUCUUUAUUUAAUUAAUGUCAACACGACGUCGUAUUUCUGUAGACUUUGUGGCUGUAAGCUAACAAAUCCCAAAGACAAAGUGUUAUUUUCCCUUUCUUUUUUUAUUGUAAUAAUUAAUUUUUAAUUUCUAAUAUUGGGACUUUUUUUAUUUA